AUGCCCGUUUUGAAGCCCCUCUCGGGCGAUGGCGAUGCGCCGCAGCAACACAAGCAGCCCUCGAGGAAAGGAAAGAAGGCGUGGCGCAAGAACGUCGACGUGACCGAGGUGCAAAGCGGACUCGAUGAAUUGAACAAGCAAAUCAUUCAAGGCGGUGUCGCCGCAGAGAAGGACUCGGCAGACCUGUUCACCCUCGAUACCGUCGGCAAGAUCUCAGCGAAGCCCAAGCCCAAGAAGACGCUCAAGUCGGACGAAAUCAUCGCCGCCCGCUCCUCCGUCCCCGCAAUCUCCGCCCGCAAGAAGCGCGAGAACGACUCCUCAAAGACGUCCGACGGCCUCCUCCCCGUCAAGCGCCAGCGCACCGAUUGGGUCUCUCACAAGGAGCUCGCCCGCCUCCGCAGGGUCGCCGACGGCCAGCACGAGUCGUCCAUCACCAUUCAGGACGCCACCUACGACCUCUGGGGCGCCCCCGUCGCAGCUACACCCGCUCCCGAAGAUGACAAGGACAACUUCAUCCCUCCCGUUGUCAAGGCCAAGCCCCCGAAGACGCUCAAACACAAACCCGUCUCCCUGACCGCCUCCGGCAAGGAGCUACCAGCCGUGGUCAAGCCGACGGGAGGAUACUCUUACAACCCCACCUUCGACGACUACGCCGACCGUCUGGAGGAGGAAUCCGCCAAGGCCGUGGCCGCGGAAGAGGCCCGUCUCGCGGCCGAAGAAGCAGAGCGCAUCAAGCGCGAGGCAGUGGCCCGCUCCGCGGCCGAGGCCGAGGCCGCCGAGGCCCGCGCGCAGCUGUCCGAGUGGGACGAGGACUCGGCGUGGGAGGGUUUCGAGAGCGGCGUCGACGACGACAAGCCCUCGCUCAAGCGCCCGCAGCGCAAGACGCCGCAGCAGCGGAACCGUAUCAAGCGCCGCAAGGAGGCGGAGCGGGAGGCGAAGCACCAGCUCGCCAUGAAGAAGAAGGCCGCGCAGGCGGAGAGGAUCAAGCAGAUCGCCACCGAGAUCGCGGAGCGCGACGCCGCCAAGAGCGCUCUGGAGCUGGCCAAGGAGGUCGGCGAGGACAGCGACGCCGACGAGGAGGAUCUCGCCGACGAAGGCCCCCUGAGGAGACGGCAGCUCGGCAAGUUCAAGCUCCCGGAGAAGGACCUGGAGCUUGUCCUGCCGGACGAGCUGCAGGACUCGCUGCGGUUGUUGAAGCCGGAAGGAAACUUGUUGAAGGACAGAUACCGCAGCAUGUUGUUGCGUGGCAAGGUCGAGGCCAGGAGGCAUAUUCCGUUCAAGAAGCAGGCCAGGUCGAAAAUCACGGAGAAGUGGCAGUACAAGGACUUCAAGAUUUAG